AAUUAAAUAUAGAUAUAAUUAAAUCCGUACAUAAUAUAUCGAAAAGCAUCGAGUGUGAUCUGUUUUUCUUGUUGGUCGAUUACUAGAAUAAUCUACGGUAUCAAUCAAGACACUAACGAAUCUCAAUUAGUGUCAUCAGGAGUCGCUUAAUGGAAGGUGUUCCUCUUGAUUAAAGGUGGCACCUCCGUCAAACUCGAAAUUGUAACGCGAUACCCCACGAACAUAUUUUGUAUUAAUUUAUAUGGUAAAUUUCACGUUGAAGUAUACAGUCCUACUAUCACGUCGCUAACAGGGGAUUCGUCAUUGUUUGUAUAAACGAAAAGUACAACAUCGCGCGCGGAACAUGGACGAAUAUGCGUACGUGAGUUCCAUCGGGACUCCUAAGGAUUAAUCGUAAGACACCACCGGAAGCCAACGAUAUGUGACGAGUUGUUAAAUUUCGAUAUACUUUUGUCUGUUGUAACCUUCAUCGCAUAUUGCCUGAUCAGGAUUUAAGGUCACUUGACGAUGUUUGAAAGCGACAUUGACAACUGGUAUGAUUGGAAGAAAGAUGAUGAUGUUGUUAAUGAGAUACACGCCGUAAAAAAUGCCGAGACUAUAAACGGUGUAUGUAUGAUAAAUUCCGAUCGUUCGAAAAAUUUCAUGCCUAAUGAUGGCCAAGGAAAAACCUCUCGAAGCAACGGGAUGAUUCGCUGUGGUGCAAUUCCUACUAGUUCCAGAUCUGGUACCGAAGUUCGAUUCAUCAAUCCGGCAAUUUAUGCAGAGACCUUAAAUAACGAGGAUGUAGAACACGAGGUUGAAAUUCAAGUGAGAGUCAAUUCGAAAAACGAUGGACGGCACGUACCUAAUUGCGGUGAUUCCGCGGAAAUGAACGAUAAGAUGUCCACGCUGUCUAUUAACAAUGGUCUGGCCACUUCGUUUAUGAAUCAUGCCGGUGAUCAAAGUUCAGCUCAAGAAACGUAUCGUUGUUAUUCCUUAAAUUCACCGACCACAUCCGCAUCCUUACAGUCCGAUAUCGCCCGUUCCAAGUCUGUGACUUCAUAUACACCUUUAAAUCGAAUCGAGAGACGAUGUAAGAUUCCUAAUGAAGCGGACGAUAAGUACGAACUUCGACAAGUCGAAUCGGAAGUGCAAAGAUACACAUUUAAUGGGCAUAAGAUCGUACAAGUUUCUACCUCAUCGGUAUCCAGUAUCAGAAUAUCGGAGAAAAAAUCGAACGAAUCGUAUCUUGCCAAGAAAAUCACUUACAGCGAGUGGAUACGAAGAAAGCAAGAAAUGGCGCGGCGAAAAAAGGAGGAGGAAGAACAGGCUCAGAGACAGAAGCAAAUAGAGGCGGAAAAACUGGCUCGUGAAAAGGAAGAAAGAGAAUUCCGAGAGAAAGAAAAUUUCUUAAAAUGGUCCGAGAAGAAGAAAAAAGAAGAGGAAAAGAAGAAAGCUGUUAUUGAAAAAGAAUUGACGUUACAAAAACAACUAAAAGAGGUCGAGGAUAAAGCUGCUGUUGUGAAAACUCUAUAUCUUCGUCAAUGGGCACGUAAAAAGAAGGAAGAAGAAAAAGCACGUCAAAAGAAAGAGGAAAUGAAACGAAAACAGCUCGAAGAAGAGAGGAAAAAGAGAUUAGAGGAGAGCACGAAAGCUUAUGAAAAUUGGCGCAAGAUGGCGAAGAAUAAACCGAAGCCUGCCACGCAAGGACUUUUACCUCAUCAAAAAGCUAAACCAGCAUACGUGAAUCCUACGCCAUGGCAGCGAAUCAUCGACGACACCGAGGACGUCGAGGAAGAUGCAUUCAAUGUUGGUAGAAAAACACAGAGUCAGCUGAAGAUUAGCAGUAAGAGAAAUGCAACAUCUUUUCAGUGAUUAAAAUCGUCGUAUAAUUGGAACUUGGGAAAUUUGUAUGAUUUGAAGAAUGAUCACGUGGUUAAAUAUUUCUAUUGCCUCGAAGUAAAAUAGAAUUAUAGAGAAGUAAUGAACGAAACAAAGAAUAUCAUUAUACUUACUUUGGAUCACAGAUUCGUGUACGUUCGUAGAAUAUCCUUAUGUAGGAUAUACCGUACAAUUGGAAUGAUAUUACACGCAUUACGGCAUAGUAGAUAUUCUGAUAAAAAAUAAUUAUAUUUUCUAGCAACUAUUCUUUGAUACAUACAUAUUUUCAUGUUCGUCUUCUAUGAUGAAUAUUAGCAAUGAAUAUUAACAUAUAUCUGAAGCUAAUCGCGAACAGCGUUCUUCGACCAAUAUUUAGAUGCAUUAAGACAACGAAGGAGAAAAUUAUCUCCUUUGCCUUCAUUUUUAUCUACUCGAAGAUUUGUAGAUAAGUAAAAAAAAAAAAAAANAAAAAAGAAAAAAGAAAAAAUAUGGAAGCAAAAUAAAGAGAAUUUGCGUGAUGAUAAUUAAAAGGAAUGUAUACGGAAAAACUGAAUAUUUUUAUUAUUUGUAUUAUUAAUACUGUAAUGUAUAUUACAUGACGUAGAUUCAUUAUAUAAUCAUAAUUUUUACACGGGAUCAGGAGAGUGCUUCUAUUCAUUCGUUACAUUAGACAUACCUUGAGAAAAA